AUGUUGCUCGCUGGCUUGCUGACCCCAGCAUGUGCGCUGGCUCUUUACGAAGCAACACUGUCAUACCGUGCUAUUGUGCGGCUGCGUACGUACGAGUCCGCUUCUGAGACGGCGGCACAAUAUAGUCAGAUGGCUGCCGACAAGCUGUGGCGGACUCGCACGACGCAGGGAGCGGCUGCUGUGUCUAUCUUGCUGUCAAUUGGGACAAGUCUCUACACACUGUUCUUGGGAGGCUCAUCUGCUGUCCUGAACACUGUUACGGCUGUCUCAGCAGUUGCUGCCUGGUUCCACUUCAGCCCAUUCUGGCAGGAGCAGGUCACUAUUCCUGGCGUCUAUACUUGGAACGAAGCAGUGGAAGCCAGCAACACACUGAGGCCGAUGUUGUUGGGACAGGCCGGGCUGUGGUUGAUGAUCAGUCUUUUGAGCUUCUUCGUCUGA